AUUAUUCCUGCUUUUUUUCUUUGCUCCAAGAGUUCUGAAAGUCAUUGAUUUUUUCGUGGCCUCUUGUGGAUAUAACAAACUGACGCUUGCUGCACGUUUCGCAUUUUUGCAGGAUUCAGUCACUAAGGCCAGACAGUAAUCGAUGAUGCGGCCAUUAUCUCCCCUGUCUCAUCUCAUUUUGUUUCACCUACUGUGCGGAUCUCUGAGCAGCAGAUGUCCUCAAGAGUGCUCAUGCAGCCCCGGUGGUUCUAUCUUCUGUGUCCAGAAGAACUUGAGUUACAUUCCUCGUGGCCUCCCCUCCUCCACAAUUUACCUCUAUGUGUUUCAGAACAACAUCAACACCUUGCAACAGCAGGGCUUUGUAGAGCUUGGCAAGCUUGGAAUGCUGGACUUGAGUCAGAAUGCACUCACUGAAAUCCCUGAUGGGGUGUUCAGCCCACUCUCCUCUCUACAGAACCUGGAUCUCUCCUCAAACCACAUUACCUACAUUUCCAAAGACAGCUUUGCUGGACUGGUCAACCUGGAAAGGCUGUAUCUCUACAGCAACCAGAUUCAGAGUAUUCACCCAGCUGCCUUUGAGGGACUAGAGAACCUACUUGAGCUAAAGCUACAGGGGAAUCAGAUUAGAGUUUUGCCAGCUCUGCAACUGCCCAGACUGCUCCACUUGGACCUUAGUUAUAAUAGUAUCCCACCUAUUGAACCUGAAGAUUUACAGACACCACACCUUGAGUCUCUUAAAAUAGCUGGACUGCGGCUGACCAGUCUGGAUGAGAAGCUGUUAAGCAAUCUAGUGAACCUACAUGUUCUGGAUGUUUCCCAGAAUCUGCUCGUAGAGAUACAACCUACACUGAAGGCAAUGGGGGGCCUACGAAACCUCAAUUUAACUGGGAAUCCUUUGCGAUCCCUUAAACAAGAAGACUUCCAAAAUCUGGUUAAUUUGCUAGAGCUUGACUUGAGCAACCUUAAUUUGCAAGGCUUCCCCGAGGGCUUCUUCAACACUUUCCCCAAACUUGAGAAGCUCACUGCAGCUGAAAACCCCUUUAACUGCCUCUGCCCACUGGCCUGGUUUCCAGUAUGGCUAAAGGAUGCAAAUGUAGAACUGUUGAGAAUAGAGGACACUCGUUGCCACUUUCCACCAGUAAACUCAGGAGAGGUUUUGGCAAAAUUGGAGCAUAAAGAUUUUGGCUGUCCCACAACGACCAUUGAGUUAACAAGUGCUGGGACAAGUAGUACUACAAGCAAGCCCACAAACUCCACCACACCAUCAAGCACAACGCACACCAUUUCCCCGGAGCCACCAAGUGAGAUGCCCUCAGACAUAGACAGCAUCCCUCUUCCCCAUACCACUGCCUUCCCCAAAGAAAUCAUAAAAGAUUCUGAAGAAGAAGACAUCAUGUGCCCUUCCAAUAUCUGUCUAAAUGCUGGAACAUGCAUAUUUGACUCAAAUGGGGCGGUUGUUUGCCUGUGUCCUCCUUCAAUGUCAGGACUCUACUGUGAGACACAAAACCCAAGCUUCCUUACUUCGCCUUCACCUACAGUUUCUAUCGAGCCCAUUGCUACAGUCCAGCCCAACACAAUCAGCUCCCUUCACAUAACCAGUACUUCAAUUUCAUUAGACCUUCACCAUUACAUCCACACAAGAAUGCACAUCCGUGGAAUCCGUCUGACUUACCGAAACUUGUCAGGCCCAGACCGGCGGCCAAUACACCUCAAUGUGCCUCCAACUUACCCCGAAUACACUCUUAGAGGGCUACAGCCAAAUAGCACCUAUUCUGUAUGUGCCAGCCCUCUGGGAGAGCCUGUCCAUGUCUCGGCUAGUGCCUGCAUGGAGGCUCGCACAGCAGGAAUCCCAUCCUUCUCCCAAGAGCCAAGUGUUGACAAGACCCAACCCUCUUCCUCUCUCAUACCAAUCAUGACAGCUGUGGCAGUGGUGAUGGUUGUGGCCAUUAUAGCUACUGUGGUAGUCAUCCACCGCAGGAGGAGAUCCAAGGCUCCAGUAGAUAUGGACUUACAUGAGACAUCUCAUAUGGAGUUAGAGGGAAUGAAAACCAGUCCAGAGAAUGGUCUGACACAUCCAAAACAACCCAACAUCACCCCUUGCCCGUCUAUAGUGCAAAAUAGCUUGGAAUACGUGGCACCUUUAAUACAAGGGCAGUGUCCAGCCAACAAUAAUGUAGCUUGUAUGAAACCUUUGUAUGUGUAAAAGCCAUAUUGCGCUAUUCAUACCUCCAGCCCACAGAAGGCAAUGUGCUCCAUGACUCCUGCAGGCGGGUGCUAUGCAGACACUAGAUAUACUCUGGUGGGCUGAUGAACAUUUUAAUGCAUCCCAGCCAAACGCUUAAACUGACUGCCAGUAUUUAAACCAGGUGCAUUUUCCUUCAACAUUUUUUUUUCUACAAAUGCCUUUAAGUGCCUUUUAUAACCAUAAAUAUCAGACUUUAUAAAGAAUGCCAUUCUAAGAAGAGGCCAGACAUUACUGAACACAGUGUUGAUAGGCUGGAAAACA